AUGGUAGUUACUAGAAGUCAAUCUAAACCUAUAAAGAAGACAUUUACAGAUGAUGAUUUCAUAGAUGAAGAAAUUGUUCCACGAGAACAAGAAGUUGAAGAAAAGGAAGAUGAGGAAGAAGAAGAAGAAGAAGAAUCUGAUGAAUCUGAUGAUGAAGCACCAGAAGAAGAAAGUACAAGUAAAGCUAGAGAAGAUAUAUUGUUGAAAGAAAAACAAAGACAAGAUGAAGAAGCUGAACUUGAGAAACAACGAAAGGAAAGAAGAAAAGCAUUAGAUUUACGUAAUAAACAACAACAAGAAUUGAAAAAAAGCAAACAAAAGAAACCUAUUGAACUUCCUGAAUUUUUACCUGAUGAUAUUGAAUCAAUCAUGAAUCAAUCACAAGUUCCUGAGGUUAAAGCUAAACAUAUAAGAUUAGAUGAAGAUAUUAAACCAGAUAGAAAAUCCAUACUAGAAGAAAAAUUAAGACAAUUGAAACAAAAGAAAAAAGUCGCUGUCAAAAAGGGUCCAGUUUAUGUUAAAGUUCAAGGGAAUAUGAAUAAAAAGGUUGUGCCGAAAUCUGAAUCUAAAAUUAUUAAAAACAGAGACAAAUGGUUAAAUAGGAAAAGCAUUAAUAGAAAAUAG